CGCAUCAUGGGUUCGAGAAGCACUGAGAAUCGUCCCUCGGGGAAUCAACUACGUUGCGUCCAAGACGUCGCGGCCUGCGAACGCACCGAGACCGAUUUCGAGUUCACGGUGCCGCCGGAAGCACCGGUGUUCGAGCCGACCAACGAGGAGUUCCACGACCCGCUCGCCUACAUCGCCAAGAUACGACCGAUCGCCGAGCGCUCCGGCAUCUGCAAGAUUAAACCGCCGCCCAAUUGGCAGCCACCAUUUGCCGUGGACGUGGACAAGUUCAAAUUUGUUCCGAGAAUACAAAGGUUAAAUGAAUUAGAAGCCAAGACCAGGAUAAAGCUUAAUUUUUUAGAUCAAAUUGCAAAGUUUUGGGAGCUUCAAGGUUCCUCCUUAAAAAUUCCGCUUGUGGAACGUAAAGCUCUGGACUUGUAUUCUUUACAUAAAAUAGUCACUGACGAAGGCGGUAUAGAAACUGUGACUAAGGAAAGAAGAUGGGCAAAAAUUGCUAAUAAAUUGGGUUAUCCAUCUGGGCGAAGUGUAGGCAGCAUAUUGAAGAAUCACUAUGAGAGAAUUUUAUAUCCCUUUGACGUUUUCAAGCAAGGAAAGACAUUGUCAGAUAUUAAAAUUGAGCCGGAUUCGGACGCAAAUGAGAAGAAAGAUCGCGAUUAUAAACCACAUGGAAUAAUAUCUCGACAGCAAAUUAAACCACCGAAUGAAAAAUUCUCACGACGAUCUAAGCGAUAUUCCGGGCAAGAAGAGAAGCAAGAUGUAUCGAUUAAACAGGACGAUUGCAAGGAAGAAUGCGACUCAGACAACGAGUGUAAGGAUAAAAUUAAGAGCAGAUAUUUCAAUUGCGAUAUGGAUAAAAGCAAAGAACUCAAGAAGUUACAAUUUUAUGGACCAGGCCCGAAAAUGGCCGGCUUUAAUACCAAAGAGGGAAAGAAAUCUAAUAAAACGCGUGGCUUGAAACUCGUUUAUGAGUUUGAUCCUUUGGCAAAAUAUAUUUGUCACAAUUGUGGGAGAGGCGACAAUGAAGAAAAUAUGUUGUUAUGUGACGGCUGUGAUGACAGCUAUCAUACGUUUUGUCUUAUGCCACCAUUAACGGAAAUACCAAAGGGAGACUGGCGAUGUCCCAAAUGCGUUGCCGAAGAAGUUUCGAAGCCAAUGGAGGCAUUUGGUUUCGAGCAAGCGCAGAGAGAAUACACCCUGCAGCAAUUCGGAGAAAUGGCCGAUCAAUUCAAAAGCGACUAUUUCAAUAUGCCUGUGCAUAUGGUUCCAACAUCACUGGUGGAAAAGGAGUUUUGGCGAAUAGUCUCGUCCAUUGAUGAAGACGUGACUGUAGAAUACGGUGCCGAUUUGCAUACGAUGGAUCAUGGAUCCGGAUUUCCAACCAAGACCAGCGUUAAUUUAUUCACUUGUGAUCAAGAGUAUGCUGAAUCUUCAUGGAAUUUAAAUAAUUUGCCGGUUUUACGUGGAAGCAUUCUGGGUCACAUUAAUGCUGACAUUAGUGGCAUGAAAGUUCCUUGGAUGUAUGUCGGCAUGUGCUUCGCGACAUUCUGUUGGCACAAUGAAGAUCAUUGGAGCUAUUCCAUUAAUUAUCUGCAUUGGGGAGAACCAAAGACAUGGUAUGGAGUACCGGGUUCUCAAGCAGAACGCUUCGAACAAUCCAUGAAGUCCGCCGCUCCGGAAUUGUUUCAUAGCCAGCCCGAUCUGUUGCAUCAACUUGUUACUAUCAUGAACCCAAACAUAUUGAUAAAUGGAGGAGUACCAGUAUUUAGAACAGAUCAACAUGCAGGUGAAUUUGUCGUCACAUUUCCAAGAGCAUACCACGCUGGCUUUAAUCAGGGUUACAAUUUUGCAGAAGCUGUCAAUUUUGCACCUGCAGAUUGGCUUAAGAUCGGGCGAGAUUGCAUCACGCAUUACUCAAACUUAAGAAGAUUCUGUGUGUUUUCCCACGAUGAACUAGUUUGUAAAAUGUCAUUGGAUCCAGAUUCGUUAGAUAUUGGAAUCGCAACCGCCACGUAUCAUGAUAUGUUGCAAAUGGUGGAGGAUGAGAAAAAGUUACGGAAAAACUUGUUAGAAUGGGGUGUGACGGAGGCAGAACGUGAAGCUUUCGAGCUUCUCCCAGAUGACGAGAGACAGUGCGAAGCAUGCAAGACUACCUGUUUUUUGAGUGCGGUUACAUGUUCAUGCCACAGCUCGCAGUUAGUUUGUCUGAGACACUUUGCUGACUUGUGUGAGUGUCCACCAGAGAAGCAUACGUUGCGUUAUCGAUAUACAUUAGACGAGUUACCCAUCAUGUUGCAAAAAUUAAAGUUAAAAGCCGAGUCGUUUGACUCGUGGGUGGCUAAAGUAAGAGAAGCGAUGGAUCCUAACAUCGAUAAAAUUGAAUUAAACGAGUUGAAAGAACUUUUGACUGAAGCUGAGAACAAAAAAUUCCCCGAUAGCGAGUUAUUGACAGCUUUAAAAACUGCUGUGCAAGAUGCUGAGAAAUGCGCGAGCGUUGCACAACAGGUACUAAACAAUAAACAACGUACAAGGACUAGGCAGACAGUUGAUACCAAGUAUAAACUUACUGUAGAAGAAUUGACGCUUUUCUAUAAAGAAAUAACAAAUCUAAACUGUGAACUUAAGGAAUCAGAUGGUAUAAAAUUUAUACUCGAUCAAGUAUCACAGUUUCAAAAGGAUGCAGAAGAAUUGGAAUCUAAAGAAGAUUGCGAUAUGGAAAAGUUAGAGAAAUGCAUCGACUUUGGUGACUCUAUCAGUAUCGAAUUACCUCAACUAGUACGAUUGAAACAAAAAUUGACACAAACACAGUGGCUAGAUGAAGUGAAAUCUUUCCAAGAUGAUCCAAAAUCUGUUAGUCGUGAAGAGGUGGUUAAGUUAAUCGAAAAAGGCAUGACGAUACCGCCUCAUGACAGUAUUGAAAAUACAUUGUCAGAAUUACACAUGUUAACAAAAGCAAUCGAUAAAUGGGAAGAAAAGGCUAAGAUGUUUCUUAACACCAAAAAUAGACGAACCAUCGUGGCUGUAGAGGAGUUUAUUCGCGAAGCAGAUGAAGUUGAAGCAUAUUUACCGAGUUUAGAUACUCUUCAAGAUAUACUGAACAAAGCAAAGAAUUGGACGAAAAUGAUUGAUGAAAUACGAGCGAGAGAAAACUUCCCUUAUUAUGAUACAUUAGACGAUUUGUUAAGAAAGGGAAAAAAUAUUCCUUUGCAUCUAAAUGAUCUUCCAACAUUGGAAUCUACUCUCUUGCAAGCAAAAACAUGGAAAGAAAGGACCGCGAGAACUUUUUUGAGAAAGAAUUCGCACUAUACGUUGAUGGAAGCUCUGUCGCCGCGAAUAGGCGUCGGUGUACAAGCGAUGAAAACUAAGAAGAACAAGGGUGACGAAUCCAUAGGUGCCGUUUGUGUCUGUGAUACAAAAUUGGACGAUUCCAGCAAUUCAGCGAACGUGGUAGCUGCCUUCAAACUUGCAGAACAGCGCGAAAUGGAGGCGAUGAGAAGCUUGAGAGAGAGAAAUUUAAUGAAGAUGAAAGCGGAAGCAGAAGAUUCCAAGUAUUGUGUUUGCCGGCGACCGAGAUUUGGCAUUAUGCUCCAGUGCGAACUUUGCAAGGAUUGGUUCCACACAAAUUGUGUACCUUUGUCCAAGGCACUGUACAAAAGUAAAACGCCAGGUCCAAAGGAUAUGAAAUUUUUGUGUCCAUGCUGUCAACGUUCUCGACGACCUCGUCUGGAAACUAUACUGGCUCUCUUAGUGAGUCUUCAAAAAAUUCCAAUCCGAUUACCAGAAGGAGAAGCGUUGCAGUGUUUAACGGAACGUGCGAUGAAUUGGCAGGAUCGAGCGAGGAAAGCAUUAUCUACCGACGAGGUCUCAUCGAUACUGUCAAAACUUUCCGUAAUGUCGCAAAAGUUAGUAGAAGCUGCGGCAAGGGAGAAAACAGAAAAAAUUAUCAGCAGCGAGUUGAAAAAGGCAGCAAAUAAUCCUGAGCUGCAUCAAAGAGUGCAAGCUAUCGCGCCCCUUAGCGGAGUACAUUCGGACGAUAGCUCGCCUAGUACUGCUGAUGACGAUGAUGAUGUUGUUCCCCUAGAUGACGAACCAACAUGUAGUACUUUCAAUAGUAACGAACAUGCAUACUCGUACAUCUCGAAAAUUCGGCGGAAAACUCAAUCGAGUGAUAGUGAAUCAUUCGGCACAUUAUCUUCAAGCACGAGAUUACGUUUGGAGGAACUUAUGAUGGAAGGUGAUCUAUUAGAAGUUGCCUUGGACGAAACACAACACAUUUGGCGUAUAUUGAGUUACAUGAAUACCCACAACACCAUGCGAAAAUACAAAUCGCUCGAGGAAGUUCAAGCGAAUCAGGAGAUGAAAGAUGUGAAGAAACGGGGUAGAAAGAGGAAAUCGGAAGAAUUUGAAUCACUUAAGAAAACUGGACGACCAAAAGUUGAAGAGAAGAACAUAAUUAAACGUAGCAAAAGCAGCGGUCCUACCACUAAGGAAAAGAGGCAGAGUAGUUCACCGGUUCCUUUAAAACGUGGACCUCGAAAGAUGAAACGCAAGAGCGAGGGUGAGGAAGGCCCUAGAAAGCGAGGUGGUAAUCGUACAAAGAAGACUAAGCAAGAAAGUUCGGAUGAGGAGGAUGAUUGCGCGGCGGUUAACUGCUUACGGCCUAGUGGUAAGGAAGUUGAUUGGGUUCAGUGUGAUGGUGGCUGCGAAGGUUGGUUCCAUAUGCAUUGUGUCGGAUUGGAUCGUACAGAAAUUGCGGAGGAAGAUGAUUAUAUUUGUAGCAACUGUAAAGAAGCCGAUCAAAGUGCAUCGUCGAGAUCCGCGCUAGAUUCAGCUGAAUCAUUAGGCCUGGAUGCACUUCUUUCCCUUUCUCAGCCCCAGGAGUACCACAGCAGUACCACUGACACGGAAGAAGCUGGAGUCUAGGAAAACGACAUUCCUCGUCCUAGGACUCAUUAGCCCACUUUGUGUUGUCUGCUAGCUCCGCACGAGACUCCGGGGUGUUUGCGAUAAUAAUGACUCUAUUAACUCGAUCUAUUAACUCGCGAUGCAAAGUUAAUAUUAAUUAUUUUUGACCAAACUACUGCAAUUCGUGCAUUAUUCGAGCAUUAUUUACAAGCGAAUAAGCGAACUUAAAAUGUGAAGUAUUAUAGCGUAAUCGCGCGACAUGAUACAGCGAUCAUACAUAGUGAACAUUUCUUUAUCAAUUGUAUCUUUCAUAUGUAUUUGCCAAAAUAUUUUUAGAUGCUAGAAGCAUCGCUAGUCAAUCAUCUGCAUUUACCUAUAGCUAUGAAAUUUCUGUUCACAAAUAGAUACAACACUGCACGAUGCACAUAAAAAAAUUGUUUUUGUGCUUCCACACACGUAUACACACACACAUACACACGCGCGCGUGCGCAUCUCAGAAUUCAAUUAUGUUAAGAUACAAUAUCAUGCCUGUUUUACCUUAAUACAAUGAUGAAAGUACUCGUCUGUAUUAUUUCGUUAGAUUAUCAUUUUACAAAAAAUUGUCAAUUUCAUUUCAUACCGAUAGCGGACGAAUCACGGAUGAACCGUGAUGUACGCCUUUAUAAUUUUGUAAUCGAUUUAUCUAAAAAAGAAUAUUAUUAAUAUUUCGUUUUUUAAAUCUUAUAUCGCGCCUUUCUUUGUGGAUCAUACGAAGUAGUUUCUACGCGAGAUGAUUAAUUAUUUAUGAUCACAAGAUUGCAUCAUUUGCAGCAAUCUUAAAUACACGGUCUAUAAUACGUGUUACCUUAACUAUUAAGAUUGAUAUACCUUGAAAUAAGGGUAGGUUACAAAGUGACCCAAACAACGUGUUGAUGCGCUACGAAAUAUUCUCAGUAUAGCAAUGAACGCGAUGAAUCGUUUUCGGAAUAUAUUGUUGCGUACUAUUGCGUACCACGAGGCCAGAUGUCUGUCGAUCUUUUGUAUCGGCUUUUAAAACAUCUACUGAGUGCACAAGGCGACAAGCGAGGAUUUUCUUUGCGCCAAUCGUAUGUACAGAAUAGACUGAGAGAUGUGUGUAUUACAAUUAGAUUAUAUAUAUAUAGGGUAUUAGAAUAUAUCAGAAUAUAGAAUAAGCAUAAGCUAUAGUUUGUAUAAAAUAAAAGGAAACGAUUAAGACAAGCAGAUAAAUUAGCAUAUCUACUCUGCCUUC